AUGGGGUCAGGAAUCUCCUCUGAGCGCUCAACUGCCACCGCAGAUGACGUUCAGCCGUCGCUGCAGCUGGGGCAACUCAACGGUCUAGCCUUGGAGCAGGACAUGGGGAUGCAUCCAAACAGCACAGAGGUCAAUUUUGGACAAUUUCAGGUCGACUCGCCGUUGGCCCUAGAUCCAUCCCAGCUCGCGCUGGGGUUUAGCUUGUCGCCCCUGCCUCAGACGGAUCCGAUGCUCGUCGGUGGCACCUUCGCGGCAUCCCCGAGUGCGUCGGGCAGUCAGAAAAGUUCCCUUCAAGCCUCCGCCUGCCGAUAUCCUUGCCUUAGGCCGCUUCUACCCGCGUUGAGCGGCAUUCUUUCACCAGCGACAGCUUGCGAUCUGCUGGAUAUUUUCUUUUCGGAGCCAGGCAGUCCGCUGUGCUUUACCCACAGCCCAUACGUUUUGUCCCCCGUUUUCCGAAAGAUGUCCGUAUUGCAUCCGUCAAAGCCCCGGCAGAUGUCGCCGGCAUUAUUGGCAGCCAUGCUCUGGUGCGUCGCACACACGGCUGAUUGUCGAGUAUUUUACUUGCCUGGAUCGCGGCAGCGGAUCGUCAAUGAGUUAUACGGCGUCACCAUGUCCCUACUGCGCAGACGGGAUAUGGACAAUUGGCGACGGGUUCCUGGUGGUUGGCAGUUGGAAGAGGACUCGGCGACGAGCCUCGACACGGGCAAAUCGGACAGGUCUCGGAGGACAUUCAGCAACGGACCCACGCCGUGUGUGGACGACGUACUGACAUUUGUCCUUCUCACGAUUGUCAUCUCCGGCGGCGAAUACAAAUCAGAUUGCGUCAAGUGGUGGAACAAAACGGUGGGCCUCGUCAAGUAUCUCGGGCUACAUAAAGAGCCGUCAAUGUCAGGCCAGGCGCAGAGCUCUAUUGAAGAGCACGAAGAACAACGUCGGACAUUCUGGCUUGUUUACACGGUCGAUAGGCAUCUAGCCCUAUCGCACAAUCGUGCUUUGGACAUUCUGGACGCCGAAUGCGAGGUUUUUAGCCCAUUGCCGGAGCAUCUGUGGCAGAGUUUCGAUACCCUCGACGCAGAGGCCUUGCAGCAACGUACCUACGGCCCGCCAACUACAAUUUCCGGCACAGGCUUUUUCGAAUACUUUCUCCCCAUGAUGGCCAUUCUAGGGGAUAUUAUCGACUAUCGUCUAAGGCGGCACCACCCACGCCUGGUGUCUCACGACGAGGCUUCGCUAGAGGUGAUUAAAGCGAACCUCACUCAUUGUGAGCGCAGUCUCUGCGAGCUCUCAGACACCCAGACUAUCUCUCACAGCCCUUCGAAUACAGCCCUGCCGCGGAACACAACCAACAUGAUAGUCACAUAUGCGGUAUACAUCAUCAAAGUUCUCUACGUCCUCCUCUACGGCAAUUGGGAUGCUAUCACUAUGCUAGAAGACGAUGGAGACUGGAUCACCUCGUCCAGAUUCGCCGAAUGUUCCACAAGCUCUAUCGCCGCCGCUCAGGCGAUUUCAGACAUCCUCAAGGUCGAUCCUGAACUGUCAUUCAUGCCAUACCUUUUUGGCAUCUACCUUUUCCACGGCAGCUUUGUGCUUUUAUUAUUCGCGGAAAGAAUGUCCCGCAUUGGCCCGAAUCCGUCGGUGGAGGAAGCCUGUGAGGUAAUUAUCCGGGCGCACGAGGUCUCCAUUGUGACUCUGAGCACAGAAUUUCAGAAAACAUUUCGCAAGGCAUUUAGAGCCAUACUGUAUAAUGCGCGACGGCCCGAGAUGAGUGAGACAGAGCUUCAGACGCUACGAAAAGAGGUUCUGUCGACAUAUCGAUGGACGAUGGGGCACAGAGGACUCUGCUUGUGA